ACACGACGACCACCGUGCUCGUCACGACGGCCACCAUGUCCGACCCGACGACCAUCCCGGCCGACCCAACAACCAUCGUGUCGGACACGACGACCAUCGUCGACGAUUGUGUCGGACACGAAGACGGUCGUGCUCGAUACGAUGGCGGUUGUGUUCGACACGACGACGGCCGUGUUCGAGACGACGACUGCCGUGUUCGACACGACGUCGGUCACGACGACAGCCGUGCACGACACGACGACGAUCGUGUUCAACGAGCUGGACACGACGACGAGGGUGUUCGACACGACGACAGCCGUGUUCGACACGAUGGCGAUCGUGUUCGACCCGACGACGAUCGUGUUCGACACAACAAGGAUUGUGUUCGACACGACGACCGCCGUGUUUGACACGACGACGACGGUGUCGAACUCGACGAGGAUCUUGUUUGACACGACGACCAGCGUGUCGGACACGACGAUGAUCGUGUUCAACACGACGACCGUCGUGUUCGACACGACGAUGACCGUGUCGACCAUCGUGUUCGAUACGACGACCACUGCGGUGGAAGUGUUCAAGAAACCUUGUUGACGUCACCGAUAAACCAGCACUGAACAC